CUAUAUCCGAUUUAUUAAUAUUUUGGCAUCAACAGACGAAUAGUACGAUGGCAUCUAGUGGCAGAGUUUUGGUGAAUUCUGUCCUUUGCAAAGGACAUUUUAAUCCAAGCCCUGUUUAUGCACUGGUGAGAUGGAACUCUGGAGAAGCACCUCAGAAGACAAAGUUUGGGCCAUUAAAAGAUCAGGACAGAAUCUUCACUAAUUUAUAUGGAAGGCAUGAUUGGAAACUUAAAGGUGCCCUUGCUAGGGGUGAUUGGUAUAAAACAAAGGAGAUAUUACUAAAAGGUGUUGACUGGAUACUAAAAGAAGUAAAAGACUCUGGAUUGCGUGGAAGGGGUGGUGCUGGCUUUCCCACUGGUAUGAAAUGGGGCUUCAUGAAUAAACCAAGUGAUGGGAGGCCAAAAUACCUUGUUGUUAAUGCUGAUGAAGGUGAACCAGGUACAUGUAAAGAUAGAGAAAUCAUGAGGCAUGAUCCUCAUAAACUAGUUGAAGGCUGUUUGGUUGCAGGAAGAGCUAUGGGAGCAAGGGCAGCCUAUAUUUAUAUUCGUGGUGAGUUUUAUAAUGAAGCAUCUAACAUGCAAGUUGCCAUUAAAGAAGCCUAUGAAGCUGGUCUUAUUGGAAAAAAUGCAUGUGGAUCAGGCUAUGAUUUUGAUGUUUUUGUCCAUCGUGGAGCUGGGGCUUAUAUUUGCGGUGAAGAAACAGCAUUAAUUGAAUCUUUAGAAGGGAAACAAGGUAAACCACGCUUGAAGCCUCCAUUUCCUGCUGAUGUAGGUGUUUUUGGUUGUCCAACGACAGUUGCAAAUGUUGAAACAGUAGCUGUUGCUCCUACAAUUUGUCGAAGAGGUGGAGCAUGGUUUGCUUCUUUUGGUCGACCUAGAAAUUCUGGGACAAAGCUCUUCAAUAUCUCAGGGCAUGUAAACUAUCCAUGUACAGUGGAAGAAGAAAUGUCAAUUCCUCUCAAAGAACUCAUUGAAAGACAUGCUGGUGGUGUUAUUGGAGGUUGGGAUAACUUAUUGGGAGUUAUUCCUGGAGGUUCUUCUACUCCCGUUAUUCCAAAAAAAGUAUGUGAAGAUGUGCUUAUGGAUUUUGAUGGAUUGGUUGCUGCACAAACUGCUUUGGGGACAGCAGCUGUAAUAGUAAUGAAUAAACAGACAGAUAUAAUUAAAGCCAUAGCUCGACUUAUAGAAUUUUACAAGCAUGAAAGUUGUGGACAGUGUACACCUUGUCGUGAAGGUGUUGGUUGGAUGUACAAAAUAAUGAAUCGUUUUGUUGAAGGUAGUGCUGAAGCGGAUGAAAUAAACAUGCUUUAUGAAAUAAGUAAACAAAUCGAAGGACAUACUAUUUGUGCUCUUGGUGAUGGUGCAGCAUGGCCUGUUCAAGGUUUGAUUCGCCACUUUAGGCCACUUAUUGAAGAACGCAUGAAGGAUUACGCAUCUUCAAACAAAAGAGCCAUCAAAGCUGCAGUUUAAUUGUUAUAUUUUCCUGUACAGAGUAUCAUUAUGUAAUAAAUAUAAUGCUACUUUCUUUAAUAAUUUAUGCAAAUGCCACAGAAAUAUAAAAAGUGUAUAAGUUUUUUAGACAAAA